AUGGGCAGCCAGUUUCCUUUCACUUUGGCCGACUCAAGCCUCGGCCAGCUGAAUUGUCUUGUGGAUGGAGAGUCUGUCGUUGCCAAAUCCGGCAAACGUUUCGAUGUCAUUGACCCUGGCUCUGGAAAAUCUUGGGCGUCGUGUCCAGAUUGUCGCGAAGAAGACGUCGAUGCUGCGGUUCGGUCGUCACAUCGAGCUUUCCAGAGCUACUCAAAAUGGACGCCCAGGCAGAGAGCGCAGACGUUGCUAAAGUGGCACCAGGAGAUUAUCGCUGCACGAGAUGAUCUGGCGAAGAUUCUGGUCCACGAGACGGGGAAACCUCUUGCGGAAGCCUAUGGCGAGCUCGACUAUGCAACCACUUUUACUUGGUGGUUCGUAGGAGAGGCAGAGCGAGUUCAAGGAUCUUCUAUUGUCUCGGCGAUCCCUGGUCGGAGGGCGGUCACCAUCAAACAACCGGUUGGAGUUGCUGCUGCUCUCGUGCCCUGGAAUUUUCCCAUAGCCCUGACUCUUAGAAAGGCGAGUGCAGCUCUGGCUGCUGGCUGUACCAUGAUUGUCAAGCCUUCCCCUGAGACGCCCAUCACGGCCCUGUCCGUGGCACGACUUGCGUUGAAGGCUGGAUUCCCUCCAGGCGCCCUCAACGUGCUUACAACGAGCCUUGAAGGUACGCCAGGGCUGGCAGAGGCACUUUGUCUUCAUCCGCUUGUUAAAAAAGUAACUUUUACUGGCAGCACUAGGGUUGGAAAGAUCAUUUCCGGUCUAUGUGCGAGAAAUCUGAAGAAAUCCACCAUGGAGCUUGGAGGCAAUUGCCCUUUCAUCAUCUUUGACGAUGCCAAUCUUGAUCAGGCGCUUGGACAACUCAUGGGACUUAAGUGGCGACACGCAGGCCAGGCUUGCGUUUCCUCAAACAGAGUCUAUGUUCAACGAGGCGUGUAUGACAAGUUUGUCGACCUCGUUAUCAAUGCUGCGGCUCUGUUGAAGAUGGGCCAUGGUAUGGCCGAAGGUACCACUCUGGGUCCAGUUACCACACCAAGGAGUCUUGAUAGAGCCGAGGAGAUGGCCAAAGAUGCUCUGGCCAAGGGAGCAAAGAUAGUAUUUGGCACCGGCCUCAGAGAUGCGUCUGGCAGUGGGGGAUAUUUCAUGGAGCCCACAGUCUUGACAAACAUCACAGACGACAUGCUCAUGAGCCAAGAGGAGAUUUUUGCACCUCUGCUGGGAAUCUCAGUAUUUGACACGGAAGAUGAAGUUAUUCAAAGGGCAAACAAUACGGCCAUGGGCCUGACUAGCUACGCCUUCACAAAGAAUGUGGAUAGACUUUGGAGGCUCUUUGAAUUGUUAGAGGCAGGCAUGGUUGGCUUGAACACUGGAAACAACUCUUCAGCAGAGGCACCAUUUGGAGGCAUCAAGGAAAGUGGUUCAGGCAAGGAGAGUGGAAAGGACGUGGCCAUUGAAGAGUUUAUGAUCACAAAGAGUGGCACGUUUACCAUUGAAGGCUUGUAG